AUGGCUGCAAAAGGUGCAGCAAUUUCUCUCACCAAACUAUUUAGACCAGUACGUCGAUCUCUGGUACAGGACCAACGUCGGCUUUUAUCAAGUAGCGUGGUCCAGAAGCAAAAUCAAACACUGCUUCAAGACAAUGAGAAUGGCUUUGGGUUUAUUAGACACAAUCCGCGGACACCUAAGCCUCGAAACAAAGGGGUGACUGAAAUUCGGGGACCAUACUAUUCAGCAUAUGGGAAGCGCCAUCUAGAAGACGUGCUGGAAACAAUGGGAUAUCAUGUUGAUGGCCUCAAGUUUGCGGGAGGAAGCUUCUCAGUGAUGCCCGAGGCGGCUGUGCGAGAACUUGUCGAUGUAGCACAUCGGCAUGAUGUUUAUGUCAGUACUGGAGGCUGGAUGGAACACAUCUUGACCCAACCUGACUCGCAUGCCAUUGUGGAGAGGUACUUGCAGAAAUGUAAGGACAUUGGAUUCGAUGUUAUUGAGCUCUCAUCAGGAUUCUUGUCGUUUCCACCUGAGGACUGGCUCCGCUUGGUGGACAAAGUGCACAGCAUGGGCAUGAAGGCCAAACCAGAAUUAGGCAUCCAAUUCGGUGCAGGAGGUGACACCGCUGCCGAAGAUCUGGAAGCAACGGGAACGUCGGAUCCAAGCAAAGUGAUCAAUCUAGGCAAAAAAUUCAUCGAGGCAGGAGUGGAGAGACUGAUGAUCGAGAGCGAAGGGAUCACAGAGAACGUGAAAAGUUGGCGAACGGAUGUGAUACAAGCCAUUCUUCGCGAUCUACCUCAGGAGAAGGUUAUGUUCGAAGCCGCCGACCCGGCGGUAUUCAAUUGGUAUGUUCGAGAAUUUGGAAUUGAUGUCAACCUGUUUGUGGAUCAUUCCCAAAUUGUGCAAUUGACCUGUCUUCGAAGUGGAAUCUGGGGGAUGGCCGACACAUUUGGCAAGAUUGUGAGCUAUCGCGACUGA